AGUUUAAAACACACUUUGGACCGGGAAGAAUCAGAGAAAAAUGGGGAAAGAGGAACAACAGAAGAAGAAAAACCCUAAGCAGAAGAAGCAGUUGCCCUUAAACCCUAACUGGGCUCAAUUUCAACAAAAACUUAAAAGCCAUGGUUCUAGGCCUUCAAGACCCUCAAAUGAUUCAAAAUCCGAUACCCAGAACUCCAUUUUAGGGAAGCGUAAGGAGAGGCCCGAUGCAGAAUCUGAUGAAUCUCAAAUAAAUCCUCUCGCUCCAACUAAUGAUGAUUUCAGUUUGACAGAUGUAAUAGCCAUGGAUUGUGAAAUGGUUGGCAUUGGUCAAGCAAACAAAAGUGCUCUUGGACGAAUUACACUGGUAAAUCAGUGGGGGAAUGUCAUAUUUGAUGAGUUUGUUCGCCCAAUAGAACGUGUUACUGAUUUCCGUACAGCAAUUAGUGGCAUACGACCCCAACACUUGAAGAAAGCAAAGGCUUUCCCAAUUGUUCAGAAGAAUGUCGGAGAGCUGAUUAAAGGAAGGAUUCUUGUAGGCCAUGCCUUAUCCAAUGAUUUUAAGGCACUGCUAAUGAGCCAUCCAAAAAAGGACUUGCGAGAUACUUCGGAGUAUCAACCCUUUCUCAAGGAGCGACACCGAAAGGCGCUUCGGCAUCUUGCUUCAGAGUUCCUUGGCGUCGAGAUACAGAAUGGGGAGCACUGCUCUAUUGAAGAUGCCCGAGCUGCAAUGCUGUUGUACCAAAGAAACAAAAAAGAAUGGGAGAGGAGCUUGAAAGACCGAAUAAGGCUCAAGCAAAAACAGAAGAAACGCAAGCCGAAGAAGAAACCAAAAGAGGUGGAUGCCCCAGACGGGAACUGUGAUCUUGUUGUUGCUUCAUAACAUUGGCUGGUAAUGAUGAUUUUGCUAAAAUGUGCGAAGGUCCUACGACAGAACUUACAUGGCUGGAUGAGGUAGGAAGAUGCAUUACCUGAAAAUUUUGAUUUUGAAAGUUUUGGAUAUUGAGCUAUAUAACCAAUACUGAUUAUGUCACAGCUCGAGAGGGAUACAAAAUAGUGCGAAUUUUUCUUUCUUCGGGUUAGCAUAUUUAACAAAGAAAUUUUAAAGUUUCAUAUUUAAUGUAGGAUGAAUAUUUCUUUAAAGGUAGAACAGUAUUUACAUA